UGUAAGCCAUCAGAUAAGAGGCGGUUAUACAAUGUCCAAUAGCAACAAAAUCAAGAAUUUGGGUCUCCAAUUUCAUAUAUUUCUUUAACUUAAAAAAAUAGUCUUUUUACAAAAGCUUUCAUUCUUGAAAUGGGAAAAGUUACGAUGAGCAGUGAAAAUGGAAUGGAAUUGCAAGCUCGAGAAGCGGAGAUGGAAAGAAACGGGAAUGGAAUUACAGCUGAAGAAGGCGGCGCCGCCGUGGAGGGGGUUUCUGAGACAGUCAGGUGGGAGAGGUUUCUCCCAAAAAUGGUGGUGAGGGUGCUCUUGUUGAGGCAGAUGAUUCCACUAGGCAGAUCAUUUCUGCACUUCUCAGGAAAUGCAGCUACAGAGUUGCUGCAGUUAGUGAUGGAUUAAAAGCCUGGGAGGUUCUGAAAGCAAUGUCCCAUAACAUAGAUCUCAUUAUGACUGAAGUCGAACUGCCAUCAGUCUCUGAAUACGCGCUUCUCACUUUGAUCAUGGAGCACGACGUCUGCAAAAACAUUCCAGUAAUAAUGAUGUCUUCACACGACUCGGUUAGCACUGUCUACAAAUGCAUGCUGAGAGGUGCGACCGACUUUCUUGUCAAGCCCGUCAGGAAAAACGAGCUCAGGAACUUGUGGCAGCACGUCUGGAGGAAACAAGCUUCGAACACUGCUGCUGGACCGGGACCUCCUGAUGAGAGUGUUUCUCAAGAGAAGGAUGAAGCCACCGCUGAGAACAAUGAUCAUAUACAAUGAGCCCAAUAAUGAUAGGCCCAAUUUUUUCUUUUUCUUGAAACACAUUUGAGAAGACGUCAACACCCGCCUCCUUUCUCCUUCUCUUCUCCAAUUGACGAUGGCCAUGCCUUUUCUGAAUCUUAUCUUCUUUGAGACAAUCUGUUCAGCGGAAACACUUAUCGGAUGCCCAAGUUUACAGCCUAAUUGAAGGCGUAAACUUCAGUCAUCUCUCGUCCUUCCGACGAGGCCGCCUCCUUCUGGUUUCUCCAGCUGUGGUAGUCCUCUCCCCCUCGGCCAGACAAACCGAGGACUACUCCUCUGUUUUCUUCUCUUGACUGUGGCAAUGCGAUGCUGCACCAUCAGCAACCACCAGCGAUCUAUUCACUGCUGCCGCCUUCUCCAUCAAUGCUGGAAUCGCCCGGCAGUCUAAUUCUUCCCCUCUGCCGGACAGUGCCGUUGCUCACCUUUCAGCCUCUUCUCGGCAUUCUUUUAGCAGCAUUAUGGCCUUACUUCCCGAUGCCAUCAAUAAUUUCCUUUCUUCGAAGACUCUCUUCGGUCGAAGCAACUUGAUGCUAUAGAGUAUUCACCGCCAUUCCUGCGGUCAUCAUAUCGAUCUUCUCCUGCACCAUGACCUUCACAGCGGCUGUGUGGUGACACAAUCUCUCUCCCCUAGCCGUACAGACGUUGUCUGCUCCGCCUCUAUGUUUUCUUCUCUUUCGGAGGUGGAGACUCGAUUUCUUCCAUGGCUGCUCCUCUGCAGCCUUCUUCUCCGUCUGUGGCAGCUCCUGCGCCAAUUCAUAGGUGUGUGUAAACUUCGGCCAGCUGCUUCUUCAUCGGCCGGAGCGACGCUUGGCUUUCUCGACGACAUCUGCUCGAUCGCUGCUUCGCUCUUCCACUGGCCUUCUUCGGCUAUGGGUGAAAUCAUCCGACAAUUGUAUUGUUCGGUCGCUGGCUCACUCUUCCACUGGCCACAUUUUUCUGGUUUUUUCGUGGAGGCUUUCGAGUUCUUCUUCCACAGUUAUUCCUUCCCCGGCUGUGGGUGGAACUAUCCGGCAGUGGAAGUCCUCCCCCCCUCGGCCGGAUUGUUCUUGAACAGGGCUGCUCCAGUUGCUAUUGCAACACAUCCAUUCGCUUCUUCUCUCCUCGAUUUUGCAGUGACACAACAUCGUCGUGCGUGGUUCGCUUUGGGCCUCUAGCGCCGCUGCUUUUUUACUCGGCGUGCAAACGAUUCACCGCCGCUGCCAGUGAUGUUUAGCUGCCAACCUUGCUUCUCGCCGCUGCCAUCUCCACCGCGGUUCGGUCGUUCGUAAAGUAGCAGUCGUUAUCGCCGACGUUCAUCAUUGUCGGGGUUCUGCAGCCGUUGCCAUCGCCUUGCGCUACCUCUCGCCGUCUCUAUUCCUAUCGCGGCGCUGCUGUUGCUUAAUCUCCCUGUUGCCUCGCCGUGGUCGGGCUUCGCCAUUUGAUGCCCAUUCAAAAUUCUACCGCCGAAAACUCACUGUCGUCAUCUCGGUCCAGCCAAGCACCACCGUCGUUUACAGCGCCGCCACCGCCAGCCUCAGACGCUGUCCCUGCCAUUGCCGUCGUGACGCUAUUUCCGUCGGAUCUUGCUAUGCUAUCACUUUGUUGGUGAUGAGCUUCCUGUUAGGCAGAGUUUCAGCCUCAUGCUAACUGCAGAGCCUCCCCUUCCUUGAUGUUUAUUCCGAUAGGAUUUUUUUGGUUUUUUUUUUGGAUAGAGAGACAAAGAUCGAUCCAUGCAAGGAAUCGAACCUGCUGCUCUGAUACCAUGUUGAAAAGUAAAAUACAGAAAAUAAAAUUCAAGAACUCUUGAAGACUA